UAAUUAUGGCGCAUGUUGGAAGGCGUGGGAGGGUCGAUACAAUAAUAGACGUCGCAAAUCCGAUAAAUUUCACGGGUGGGCUCGAGUUCUCAAGUCUAACCUACACCGUCACAAAGAAGAAGAAAGUUGAUGGAAAUUGGGUUAAGCAAGAGGUCGACUUGUUGCACAACAUAACUGGUUAUGCACCAAAAGGCUCCAUAACGGCUGUUAUGGGACCGAGUGGUGCAGGAAAGUCGACUUUUCUUGAUGGUUUAGCUGGAAGAAUCGCUAGCGAAAGCCUCAAGGGGAGAGUAUCUCUAGACGGUUUGGAUGUCACCCCUAGCUUGAUCAAAAGGACUUCCGCUUAUAUAAUGCAAGAGGAUAGGCUCUUUCCCAUGUUAACCGUCUAUGAAACACUCAUCUUCGCAGCCGAUUUUCGGCUAGGUUCGUUUUCUAUGUCCGAGAAACAACUUCGGGUCGAGAAGCUCAUUGAGCAGCUUGGAUUAUCGUCGUCGAGGAACACAUACAUAGGAAACGAAGAGACAAGAGGGAUAUCGGGAGGUGAGCGACGUAGGGUCACAAUCGGAGUUGAUAUCAUCCACGGCCCGUCAUUGUUAUUCCUAGACGAGCCGACAUCAGGGCUAGACUCUACGAGUGCCCACAGCGUGAUCGAGAAGGUUCAAGACAUCGCUCGAUUAGGUAGCACGGUGGUGCUCACCAUCCACCAACCCUCCUCAAGAAUUCAACUACUUCUCGACCAUCUCAUCAUCUUAGCACGAGGACAACUCAUGUAUCAAGGAUCCCCCAAAGAUGUCAUUCUCCAUUUAGGUCGAAUGGGACGAAAAGUCCCCAAAGGAGAAAACUCCAUAGAAUUCUUGAUCGACGUGAUUCAAGAGUACGAUCAAUCGGACGUUGGCGUUGAGGUACUCGCCGAGUUUGUUCGCACCGGGAUGAAGCCUCCGCCACUCGACGACGACGAGAUGUCGGUUUUGACCGCCGUCCCGUCCCCACGUCCCGGGGAUUGGGGACGACGCCAUCGGUCGGAGGACGCUGAUAGAGAUUUCGACAGAAGUUUGAGGAGUAGUCAUGGGAACACAUCGAUGUCUUGGACCCCACGGUUCACUCCUUCCCGUAAAAAAACAGAGCAAGCCCGAAUUGGAUUGUCUCCAAUGUAUAGCUACUCCAAGGAUAUACUAUCAAGCACUCCAACUCCUCAUAGUAGCGACUACAUUGUCAACGAAAACGACUAUCGAACUCCGAGCAACGCCGCCUCCGGCGGCAGCCACCUCGGCCCCAAGUUUGCCAAUUCCUUCUUUAGCGAAACAUGGAUCCUCACUAAGAGGAACUUCAUAAACAUAAGACGCACGCCUGAGCUCUUCUUAUCUCGACUAAUGGUUCUAACCGUAAUGGGCUUCAUGAUGGCCACCAUGUUCUUCCAUCCAAAGAAGAACAUGCAAGGCCUCACCAACCGUCUAAGUUUCUUCAUCUUCACAGUCUGUCUCUUCUUCUUCUCAUCAAAUGACGCCGUUCCCGCAUUCAUCCAAGAACGCUUCAUCUUCAUUCGCGAGACAUCUCACAACGCUUACCGAGCCUCUUCGUACACAAUCUCGGGUCUCAUCACAUACCUUCCGUUUCUAGCUAUUCAAGCAGGAGUCUACGCAGCCAUAGUUUGGUUCCCCUUAAAGCUACGCGGUUCGUUCUUAUACUUCUUCGUGAUGCUUUUCGUGUCGCUUUUGACGACGAAUUCUUUCGUGGUGUUCGUGAGUUGCGUAGUGCCGAAUUUCAUUCUAGGGUAUGCGGCGGUGAUAGCGUUCACGGCGUUGUUCUUUCUUUUUUGUGGGUACUUUGUGAGUAGUUAUGAAAUGCCGGUUUAUUGGAAAUGGAUGAAUAAGAUAUCGACGAUGACAUAUCCUUAUGAAGGUUUGUUGAUGAAUGAGUUUCAAACGGAUAAAAGCUUUGGGAAUAAUGUGGGAAUUGAGGUUAGUGGGUUCGACGUGUUGGAGCAGUUGUUAAGGAUUGAUCAUAAGGAUGAGAAGAAGAUGUGGGAAAGGGUGUUGAUCAUGUUGGGAUGGGCUGUUCUUUAUAGGAUUUUGUUUUAUCUUGUACUACGUUUUGCGUCCAAGAAUCAAAGGACUUGAACAAAUAAUGUUUAACUUGGUGUUAAUUUGGUUUGGUUGUAAUCCUAUAAAUUAAGCCAUAAUUUAUUCAUAUGUUUCUUUUUU